AUGACAGCACUUCCGCAGUACGAACCUUCGAGACAGUUACCGCAAGACGUCCAGAACAAUGAGCGCUACACAUCGCCAUCAUCCAGCCCUGACGAAAACGGAAAGAGACCACUGGAUCUGGUACAACGUCUAGAGAAGAAGUUGGCCGAGUACAAUGCAUCCCAGAAUGUUUUCAAGAGGUGGCUUUUUGAGUUAGCCAGCUGGCUAAUAAGCGCGUUGUGCAUGGGCGCGGUCAUCGGGAUCUAUAUCACUAUCAGUGGGCAGGAGAUGGCCAAGAGCGAGCAGUACCUCACAAUAUCCAACACACUAGGAAAGAUAGCAUCCGCUACACUCAUCGUGCCGACCUCGGAAGCACUUGGACAGCUCAAAUGGAAUUGGUUUCACAAAUCUAACGCGAUGUGGGAUUUUGAAAUCUUCGACAAGGCGUCACGGGGUGCAUGGGGAGCUACGCUGCUCCUCUUUCGCACAAAAGGACGAUCGCUGGCUGCCCUAGGUAAGCUGUGGUCGUACGAAUUGCAUAUCAUGAACACCUGGGACGAUUUCUUCCCGUCAUUCUACACAGCUGCGGGUGAAGACUCAGAGCCCAUUUUGAGGUUUAGGAAUUACCCUGAUGGGCCAUCUACUCGCUUCAUUGACUUCAACCCAUGGCUCGCGCCAAACAACGUUACGCGUCACAUGGAAGGGUUGGCAUCAGCCCUUACCAACGUCAUGCGAUCGAACUCUAAGUCUAACGAAGCGCUCCUCGGUGAGGCAUACAAUCUAGAGAAGUUUGUCCACAUCAACUGGCCGUGGCUCAUAUUCCCGUUGCUGCUUCUAUUACUGAGCCUAGUGUUCUUGGUCGCUACCAUCAUCAAAACAUCGAAUGAUACCGACACGGGGUUUUGGAAGACUUCGGCCAUGCCAACGUUGAUGUAUGGUCUACCACAAGAUAUGCGGAAGGACAGCAUCUCAACCACGAGCUCGGAUGGCGCAUCGCAUCACGAUCCCCGCAAGGUUAGAAUUAGGCUCUUGCCAAAGCAGGGCUGGAGAGUGUCGGGACAGGUGCACCCCGCACCGACAGCUCCACCUGGCUUCAUAUAA